AUCCACGGCUACAUGAGAUAUUAUUUAGUGUGUAGUUAAUUAUAUUUCCACUACCACUAAUCCGUAAUUAACUAACUGAAAGGAAAGGAUGAAGAGAUAGGGAACCAUCUCUCACCUGAAUAACCGGUGGUUGCACUGGUGGAUCUGUAGAAAUAUCUCAAUGCUCCAUCUCCACAUAUGAUUUCCACCAUGACUCUCUCUCACGUCAUCCUUCCUUCCUACAAACUCUUCUUUUUCGCCGCUCCAGAGCCUCGAUUCUCUCAACUCCGUCAUCCUCACGGCGGCAGGUUUCUCGCCGGAGUUUGCGCUUCGUCUUCGUCACCGAGUAAAACGAGUGUUGGGCGUAGGAGACAGACGAAGACGAAUGCAGAUCUGUGUAACGAUUUACGUGAGUUUAUUUCUGAAAUUGGACUUCCUGAUGGACAUGUGCCUUCGUUGAAGGAGCUUUCGCAGCAUGGCAGGCAAGACCUUGCAAACAUUGUGAGACGGAGAGGAUAUAAACUUAUUAAAGAGCUUCUUGCAGCCUCACAAGAGAUCAAAGUAUCUGAUUCUGAUGCAGAAGGGAGCUUGACCGAGGAUAUAGCUAAUAAAGAAGUAGAUGAACUGACAGGUCCGGAUGAGAAUAUAAAAGAGUUGACUGAAUACAUGUCAUCGUCACAUGAAGACAUGUUAUCUCCACAUGAAAACAUGUUAGGUGAAGGUUCAACGAAAUUAUCAUUGCAGGAAAAAGUGGCAAAGUUUAUUCAGAGUGGAGAACUGGAAGAAAUUGAAGGAAGUGAGGAGCCAAGCAGUAAAGUUCUUUGCGAAUCUGACUCUGCGAGUUUAGAUUUAGAAAAUGGAAGUGUAUUGACUUCCCAGCUUGUUGAUUCAACAUCUCAAUUGAGGAAUAUUACUUCCAGCGAUCAAGUAGCAAGUGACGAGGCUGCUAACACCGAUAAGGACUUGGAAGUUGAGUUCGAGAUGAUAACAAAGGAGGAUGAACCUGAAAUCAACCGUAUCAAAGUUAUGCUGCAUAACAAGGAGUUGGAAUUGUCUCAGUUGAAGGAACAGAUUGAGAAGAACAAGCAAGCUUUGUCUGAACUACAAGCUAAAGCCGAAACAGAGAUAAGUAAAGCACAGAAACUUCUCUUGGAUAAAGAUGCAGAGUUACUUGCAGCUGAAGAAAGCCUUUCUGGAUUAAAACAGGUUCAAGUUGAAUACUGGGGGGAAGGUGAGACUGUACAGGUGGCGGGUAGCUUUAAUGGGUGGCAUCAUGGUGUAACAUUGGAUCCACAGCCUACUUCAAAUAUCACAGACCCUGUUGAAUUGAGGAAUACUAGGCUGUGGAGGUCCAUGUUGUGGCUAUAUCCUGGGAUUUACGAGAUCAAAUAUAUAGUUGAUGGCAAAUGGAUGAUUGAUCCCAUGAAAGAAGUGGUAACCCGGGGAUCCAUACAGAACAAUGUUCUUCGAGUCGAUAGAUGAUGGUGAAUAAUUCCAUAUGUACAUACCAUUCAGAUGUUGAUGAUUAGAUAGGUGACUAUUAAUGGAUGUGGUACAAUCAACAUGUAGGCAGUUGUUCACAAGCUGGAGAGUUGAGAUGGGGUCUUGUAUGAUGAAGCGCUUUUUUGUAUAUUCAUAAUGCAGUUAGGGUUUUACAUUUCUGCUUAGAAAGUUAACAUGUUUUGUCAUCUCUGGACUCGAAUUGGUGGGGGCUUCUGGCUCAUGGACCAUAUAUAGUAAUAAAACCACCCUGAGCCUGUUGAUAUACAUGAGGAUUGGUUUGAUCACUUCUGGUGA